AUGAGGAUGGAGAAGAGGUCUCGGAGCUCUUCCAGGGAGUCUCAUAGAAGACGCAGAGAGUCUCCGGCUGUGUAGAGCAAACGAGAGAAGAGAGAGAGCAGCAGAGAAGCUGGCAAAGGAAAGGGAGAUGUAAAGCAGGAGAAAGCCAAGGAGACCAAGAGCACUGUGGGGAGUGAUGGAAGAGUGCACACCUCCACGGUGGUGGACGUGGAUGAUGUGGUGUCUGAUGAAGAAAUGGAGGCAAUGGCAUUGCUGGAUAGUGAGCAGCAAGAGGAAGGUGUAAAGUCUCCUGGUCUGGGUGUCUGUGAGUGGCUUUUGACCAUCUUGUCUUUCCUGUUCAUCAUAAUGACCUUCCCCAUUUCUGUCUGGUUCUGCAUGAAGGUAGUGCGGGAGUACGAGAGAGCCAUUGUUUUCCGACUUGGGCAUCUCCUUCCUGGCAGAGCCAAAGGACCCGGCCUUUUCUUUUUCCUUCCCUGUUUGGACACCUAUCAUAAGAUAGACCUCCGCCUCAAAAGCCUAGAGAUCCCCUUCCAUCAGGUGGUGACCAAAGACAUGGUUACUUUGGAGAUAGAUGCUGUCUGCUACUACCGGCUGGAAAAUGCCUCUCUUCUCCUCACCACCCUGACCAGCAUCUCCAGUGCCAUCCAGCUGCUGGUGCAGACCACCACGAAGCGCCUCCUGGCACAUCAAGCCUUCUCUGAGCUUCUGCUGGAGAGGAAGAACAUCAGCCAGGAGAUAAAGGUGGCUUUGGAUGCAGUUACAGGCUGCUGGGGAAUCAAAGUGGAGAGAAUAGAAAUCAACAACGUGCAGCUGCCUGCUGAACUCCGGCAGUCCCUGGCUGUGGAAGCGGAGGCCCAGAGACAGGCCAAAGUGCGGGUGAUUGCUGCAGAGGGAGAAAAGGCUGCUUCCGAGUCCCUGCGGAUGGCAGCUGAGAUCCUGUCCAGUGCUCCAGCUGCUGCUCAGCUCCGUUAUCUCCAUGCACUGCACUCCCUUACCACAGAGAAACCUGCUGCUUUCAUCUUGCCCUUGCCUCUGGAUGCCAUGAACCUGGUCUCUCCAGCUACCCACAGCCCUCCAGCUGUGAGCAGCCUCCUCACAGGCACCACAAAGCUCCCAGAAAACCCAAAAGACAAGAAGGACUCACCCAUGCUCUGAGAGAAACGGUUCCCACAUUGCUCCUGCUCAGAAAGGAGCAAGAAGGCUGGCCCACCAUCAGGCUGACCUGGAGGCAGGAGGGAAAGCAGCCCAGGCCUGCAAUAUAAAGUGGAUUGUACAUGGAAAAAGCCUCUACUUGUUUUGGAAAGGGGAAAACGUGAGUGCAAGGAGCAGGCCUAGCAAGUGUGUGAGCAGGGGUUUGAGGGAAGUCCCCUCCACAGAGCCAGAUGCACCUUGACAUGUUACAGCCUGGCUCCCAGGGUCUGAUCCAUCUUGCCCCACCACCUUGGAAGGAAGGACAGACCAUCCCCUAUGUCCUUACAUGUCCCCAUCUGCAA